AUGAGGACUACACUCAGCUAUCUUCUGGGUGAGUAGGAAAUUGCUAGGCUAAGAAAUCCAAUGUAAGCAAGGAGAAAUAGCUCAGAGAGAGAGCAAAUGCAUUGCACCUAGAAGGUGGCAGACUCAGUCUCAGUCCCUGUCAUCAGCAGUUAAGAGGAUCAGGUAGUAGCAGGCAAUGUGAAAUAACUCUUUUCUUCCUGAUACCCUGCAGAGCUGAUGUCAGUCAGAGUGGACAAACAGACAGACAAAUAGUCUGACUUGGUUUAAGGGUGUUUCUUAUGCAGGCAGAUAAAAGUGAGCAACCCAUAGAAACGAAAUCUACAUGCCAGUCAGUGCGCCUGGCUGGUUGGUGGCUUGAGCCCACCUAGGGAAGGAUUCCUACAUUGUAGGGAGUUGGGCUAGAUGAUUCUCAGGGUCUCUUCAGAUUCUAUUAUUCUAAUAAUAAUAAUAAUAAUAAUUAUUAUUAUUAUUAUUAUUAUUUAUACCCCACCCAUCUGGCUGGGUUUCCCCAGCCACUCUGGGCGGCUUCCAACAAAAUAUUAAAAAUACAAUAAAACAUCAAACAUUAAAAACUUUGCUGAACAGGGCUGCCUUCAGAUGUCUUCUAAAAGUCAGAUAGUUGUUUAUUUCCUUGACAUCUGAAGGGCUGCCUCGUUCCUACUGAGUCUAAGACUGUAGAAGUUAACACUUAAAAAAAUCUAUUGUAGAAGGUUUUGCAACUGAAUUAUUUGCACAUCUUUAUAAUAUGUUUGUUCCUAUUGGGAUAGCUCCUAACAUCUUAUAGGAAAGCAAACCUAGAUCCGGUCCGCACUGAGCAUUAGGGGUGGGGGUGGGGAAAAGAUCCUUUCUGAUCCUGGUAUGCCACAUUGAGAUAGCCGUAGUUUAGCUUCCACCAGAUCUAUCCGUAGGCAGAAAGGAAUCAUGAUGGGAGCAGUGCGAAACUACCUCCAGCUGUUAAGGCUGCCAGGGCUUCUAUGCACUUGGGAGAAACCAGUGUGGCUCAUUUUAAGGUAGUGCCUGUUAAGCUUGGCAUGUGCAAGAACUUUCAUUGGGCCACAACACAACAAACUGCAAUGAGGACCAUUUAGCCAAAGCCUUCAGCACACUCUAUUUUCAGCGAAAGUGGUAGACACAUAUGCAAGGAUUAGCACUAGUGUAACUCAACUUCCACCCUUUCCCUCCCCCUGUAUGCACCCAAACAGCCCCCAGCAUCUGCUUUGGAGGUUUGAGGGAACCCCCCAGAAUAGCCCCAGGGGGCAUGUGGGGGGAGGGGAGAAGGAGGGAGGACUUUCCAGCACACAAAGAGAAAUCUUUGCCUUGAUGGAGUAUUCGCUUUGGCACUGUGUUGAACACCAGGCUCUCCCAAUAGCUCAGUCAGUAAAGCAUGGUACUGUACUCUUGAUUUUGGGGUCUUAGAUUUGAGCCCCAUGUUGGGCAAAAGUUUCCUGUAUUGCAGGGGCUAGAUAAUCCUCAUGCUCCCUUUCAACUGCAAUUCUAUGAUUCUAUGAUUAAGGAGGAGGAGGCGGCAGGGAGUUACAGCCCCUUCCAGAAAAAAAAACACACCUGGGAAUAUUUGAAGGAUGUCUAUUUCAGUAAAAAUGCAAAGGACCCUUUGGCAUUUUAAAGAUGAAUGCAUUCAAUUUUGUGAGGAAGACUUUUCUGCUUUAGACAUCUUUUUGCUUAAUUUCCAAGCAUCUGCCGUCUCAGCAACGUUCUGUUAAAAGAAUCAAUACAGGGCUUUCUAUCCCAGCAAACAGGUGAUUUUUAACACAAAUUUAUUUUGGUGUUUGGAUCAUUUUUCACAGGAUUAUCUCCGGAUUUCUCAUCCUCGAAAAUGUAAAAGGUAGAAAUUACUUCAUCUGCUGCGGGAUGGGGAGGGAAGGUCAGUGAUAACUUAAGUUACUGCGGCUGUGAUGCAGUGUAUCUAUGCCAGCUCAUUUUCUUUGCAGUGAAAGCCUGCUUUUCAUCAUGUUGUCCCUUUUCUAAAGUUAUCCAUAACCACAGCAGCUUUUAAAUUAUUGAAAAAUAAGGUUUUACAAAGCCCAGUCUGGGAUGCUAGUUCUCCUGCACUGCAUAGAGCUCACUUGAACUUACGGGGACAGGCUAGUGCAAUUCCAGCUAUGUCAAUGUGUUUGUAUACUCCAUAUUUUUAUGGAACAUUCAAAACAUUUUUGCUAUUUGUUGGCAGCAAAAGUGGGACUAUGCUGGUGAUUUUCAGGGAGGGCUUCUCCCGGUGGCAGUAGUGGCAAUCCUCCAGCUGGCGGCUAACCUCCCAUCUUAAAGUGCCUUGUUCAGCAGCUUCCUGUUUUCACCAUUUUCAAUUUUGUAUAAUACACAUAUGCAAGUAAGUAAAAAAAGAAAGUGAUAAAAAUGCUUCUUCUUUUUUUAAUAGGAGCACUUGGUCCACAGCAACAGCUCCCUGCUGCAUAUUGGAUUCUUUUGGAAUCGAAAGGUACAUUUUGGACCAUAUCUGCAGCAUUAGCAAAUCAUAUGCUAAAUAAACUGAAUAGUGCACAUAGCACCAUGGAGUGGUGCCUGACACUAAACAGACACCAACACAGCAAUUGCACCUGUUAUAAAUCAGCAUAUAAAGUCCAUGCAACCAUAUACAAGUGACCUCAUGGCACAGUGUAGAUUGCUGUAGAUUAGUAGAGCAUUGGCUUGAAUUUGAUUGCCACAGAACCAGCUGCAAAAAUCCAUUGACUAAGCAGCAUUUAAAAUUUAAAUAUUAAAUCAUAACAAAAACCAGGACAGGAUCGCCAGAUUAGGAUUCUCAGUCUCAAGGAUAGCUGUCAUCAAGUUGCCAGAUACUGAGAUGAAGUAAGUACAGUGGUACCUCGGGUUACAUACACUUCAGGUUACAUACGCUUCAGGUUACAGACUCCGCUAACCCAGAAAUAGUACCUUGGGUUAAGAACUUUGCUUCAGGAUGGGAACAGAAAUCGUGUGGCGGCGCAGCAGCAGUGGGAGGCCCCAUUAGCUAAAGUGGUGCUUCAGGUUAAGAACAGUUUCAGGUUAAGAACAGACCUCUGGAACAAAUUAAGUACUUAACCUGAGGUACCACUGUACUACUUUUCCUGUCAAAUGGAGGAGACUUUUCCUGGACUCUUGCCAUAUUGACAGGCACUCCAUGUGACAUUAUUUGGACACAUGCCUGCUGACUUGCUAGUAGCGAUGAGUGCAGCCAUGGUCCACCGUUGUCAUUGGCUCAUGCUGAGUAAAGCAGGACGGUCCGAUUCAUCUGCCACUGUGACUCAACUGACAGGACCACCAUAGAAUCGUGGAGUUGGAAGGGACCCCGAUAGUCAUCUUGUCAAACCCCCUACAAUGCAGGAGUCUCAUCUAAAGCAUCCAUGACAGAUGACCACCCAAUGAGUGAAGGAGAGUCCACCACCCUGUGAGGCCUUGUGUGGAUCCCAGAUCCCCUCAAUUGCUGCUCAUUGCUUGGUCAUCUACGACCCUCUAUCCUAUCACUAUGACUUAAUCAAAAGCUGACAUUUAUUCAGAGGGAACCAAGGCAGUAUAAAGUAGAGAUGGUCUGAAAAUAUUGCAUAGAGCUGAUCAUUGUUCCCUUUUCAGAUGAAAGUCAUUGCACUAGUUAGUACUGCUUCUGCAUGUUUGGCGUAACUAUUUGCUGGUUGUCCACACCUUCCUAAGUACUUGUCAAUAAGACCUCUUCUGGAUGAAUUUGGAUGAAAGAGGGACCAUUUCUGCCCUUGAAACACACUUUUUAUUUUCCUAGGUUUCUUUACUGGGCAUGAGGAAGACACGGACUUCAAUGGCAGUGGCAUAGUCUGUGAAGAAGGAUACAGGGUUGUAUCUAGGAAAAAGAUUUACCGGUAUAUGUGUAUAACACUGUGAGGCCAGAUGGCGGUGUGGAGUCCCGUCUUUCAUCGAUGUGAUUUCCCUUCAUGAAGUUUACAACACAUUUGACUGAAACGCUUCUUUAAUGCGUCUUGAUCCAUCCUAUGUUAAAGCUACUGUUCUGAAUUUUGCCCCAUGCUCUGCUUAUAUAUCACAAACUGCUGCAAACAUUAAAUAAUGGAUUUUUUUUAUUUUCCAGAAAAAUGAAGAAAGCACUGCUUCAGGAAAACAACAGAAGAUGGAAGAGCCAUAA